AUGGCUAGUCAAAACCCCCAGGGUUUCUUUAUUUUAAUUGUAAUUGCUGGCAAUUGCUCUGAUUAUAAAAAUCGUAAAAGUUUCAACUUUUAUUUAUGGAAAUCUUCUCAAAGAUCUUUGGAGGAGAGAUUAUUUUUGGAUAAUGUGGAGAGUUUAGAGGCUUGCGAGAAGUUAACAAGAAAAUAUAGAGGACUGGCUUUUAAUUAUUCUCCAAGGGAGAGAUUUCUAAGGCAACAUAAGGGUAAGUAAUAUUAUUAUUCCAACGUAUUUGGUGAUCACUUUUGGAAGCAACCACAACUGUAUUUCAAUUGUCAUAUACUCCGAUGUCCAGAAAAUAAAGCAUUUCAAAUGAUGGUAAAUGACACAUCAUUUGACUAUUUUUCUCUAUAUGAUAAACCUAUGGAUGCAUCAGAUUACAUUUGUAUACCCGAAGUUGGUUUGUUUGUUCUACACACCACUCCAGAAUCAUUUCAAAAUGCCAGGUUAAACUGUCAACAUUCCCAAAACUACUGCGCAACAUUGGCUCAUGUAGCCUCACAGAAACGAACAGAAUCCUUAGCUCACAUACUUGACAAUUACAAUGAUGGACAAGCAUUACAAGCGGAUAAUUCUAGAAUAUAUUUGGCUCACAUUGGUUUGCAUUAUAAUUGGACAUGGUCAAAUAAUUCAGAUUUUUUUAAUACCGAAAGAGAAAAUUUAAAAUGUUUUGCUUAUCGAGCUUGGCAGCCGGGAAAUCCUAAGAGAAGCUCACAAUAUGCUAAUGUUAGUUGCGUGGCGUUAACUAUAAACCGGACCUGGAUGACUGUGAACUGCGACAGAAAAUUACCAUAUAUUUGUGAAAUAUUGACUUCAUGUGGGGAUCAAGAAGAAGAGUUUUAA